CAGGGCAAGUGGUGAGGAGCGAGAAAAGAUUUACGAGGAGUGUGUGGUGGGGCGGCGGCAGUGCGCAUGCCCGCCACUGCGCCACUGAGCGCGCGCUCCCCCUGGCGGCGCGGCGCCGCAGUGAGUUGCGUAACAAAAGCACACUCGGCUCCCGACGCUACGCUGAAAACUUUCGGCCGCACGGCCCGCGCCUACGGGAUGGAGAAACGUAAAAUCAUAUAAAACUUUUCCGCGGUGCGCGCCGUUUGACUCGCUAAAACUCUUCCUAUCUAAUUGGAUAGUCCUGGUCGCGGUCGGAUCGUCGCUUCUGCUUAUUUUUAAGUUGUUAAAGUUUUUCCCGUCAAGUUGACUGUGGCGAAAAGUGAACUGUUGCGGUUUUCGCCGGCCGCUUUUAUAAUAGUGUGGACGUUCUGAGUGUUGUGUUCACUUGCUUUGUUUUUCUUUGCUCGACGGCGAGUGGUGGCGCCCUGGCGGUGGUCUGCUGGUGGGAAUCGAUACUGCGGUGGGAGCGGCGAAGAUAGUUGGCGCGACAUGUUGUGGCGAACAGCGAGGACGCGGGCGGGUUGAUCCAUCUCUCCACAUGCCGACAGAGCUCUGCAGUCAGCAGAAAGAUGUCCUAAUAUGGGUUGGUCAUGCGUCGUGGCACGCGUUGUGGCCAUCUUCCUCAUGCUCGGCCGAGCAUCAGCCCUCACAUCAGACAUAUUUGCAGCGGGAAAGUCGGACAAAGAGAUACUGGACAACCUUCUGAAAAACUCCCGCUAUGACAAAAGACUGCUGCCACCAGUAGAUGAUCCAGAAUUCUGUUGUGGUCUAACUUCGCCCAACGACUCUCUGGCUCAAAAUAAUGUUGGGCUCUCGUCUCUGCGGCCUCGCUCGCACAAUCGUGGUGUCCUCACCGUAAAUGUAAGCGUACUACUUCUUAGCUUAGCCUCUCCAGACGAAUCUAGUCUUAAAUACGAAGUGGAAUUCUUACUUCAGCAGCAGUGGUACGACCCUCGACUGCGCUAUUCCAACCAGUCCCAUUACGACUUCCUUAACGCCAUCCAUCAUCACGAAGAUAUCUGGUUGCCGGAUACUUAUUUCAUCAUGCACGGUGACUUUAAGGAGUUUUCCCAGCACUCAUGGGACCCGAUAAUACCGAUGCAUUUCGCUUUGCGAAUAUAUCGCAAUGGUACUAUAAACUAUUUGAUGCGGCGGCAUCUCAUCCUGUCGUGUCAGGGACGGCUCAACAUCUUUCCUUUUGAUGACCCAUUGUGUUCAUUUGCCUUAGAAAGUAUAUCGUACGAGCAGUCAGCCAUCACCUACGUGUGGAAGAACGACGAAGACACGCUGCGCAAGUCGCCGUCACUGACGACUCUCAAUGCAUACCUCAUCCAGAAUCAAACCAUUCCCUGCCCUAUCAAAGCCAGUUGGAGAGCUGAGGGUAAUUCACUUUACGAGGAAGACGAAGAGAUGACAUGUAAUCUUUGCCAGAGACGCUUUGAGGAGCAAGGUAACUACAGCUGUCUAAAGGUCGACUUAAUAUUUACUAGAGACCGAGCGUUCUACUUUACUACAGUAUUUAUCCCUGGAAUAAUUCUGGUGACCUCUUCCUUCAUCACGUUUUGGCUGGAAUGGAAUGCAGUACCAGCCCGUUCUAUGAUAGGUAAUUACAGCUGCCUCAAAGUGGAUCUUAUCUUCACGCGGGAUAGAUCAUUUUACUUCACCACAGUUUUCAUUCCGGGGAUCAUUUUGGUGACAUCAUCGUUUAUUACUUUUUGGCUGGAAUGGAAUGCAGUGCCUGCUAGAGUAAUGAUAGGUGUAACAACGAUGUUGAAUUUUUUCACUACAUCGAAUGGAUUCAGAUCGACAUUGCCAGUGGUGUCGAACCUGACAGCGAUGAACGUGUGGGACGGCGUGUGCAUGUGUUUUAUCUAUGCGUCCUUACUAGAGUUCGUGUGUGUCAACUACGUGGGUAGAAAACGACCCCUACACAACGUCGUGUACCGACCCGGUGAAAAUCCAGUCACACAGCGAUUGCCUGCAGUCCUGAGCAGAAUUGGCAUUAUACUGGCCAGCCCCUUGGAGGCGAUGGCUUUCCUCCAAUGGGCCAGACAAGAGCCUCAAGUGGAGAGUAGCAGCGCUGGUGAUAAAAAGCGUGAGUCUACAGGAGGAGCGGACCUAGUGUCCUGUACAGCGUGCACGGGUCCCGGCGCCUGCACGCACACCGCCAACAAUGGCGGCGUCUCGGAGCCAUGUUUCGUCCAGGUUCGCAAAAAAGAACCACCGCACCCGAUCCGCGUGGCGAAGACGAUCGACGUGAUCGCACGGAUCACGUUCCCCACUGCCUACGCCGUGUUUCUCAUCUUCUUCUUCAUUCACUAUAAGGCGUUCUCUUAAUGCUGCCUUCACUUACCGCUGUCGCUGGCCGCUUCGUGUGAACGGACAUUUACUGUGUUUUUCUACUAUUCUUUUACUGCGUCACAAAUAUGUAUGAGAUUACGCUACUCACUCUAUUACAAUACAUAUUUGAUGAUUGUCAACGGUCGAUAAGAAUUGUGAUUAUACCCGUUUAUAGUGAUCGUACUGUUAAGAUAAUUAUAGUUUAAGAGACUUGAAGCAGAAAGCUAACGUCGCAGCUUUCCAUAAUUUAACGUCAAUAAAUUGAAAGAUGUGUGCGAUUUUUCUACAGGUUUUGAAAUAGUUUUCUACAUGUUCAUAGACGGACGUUUAUAAUGUAUAUCUACGCGUAAGAAAUACUUUCUUGUGAAUACACGAAACUUAUGAUAGGAUAAAGAGGGAUCAAAUUAUGUAAUUGUAUGAACAUUCUCGUAUCAACGUGAUCACAUCGGAUUUUGUAUGAAUUUAGAGAGAUCGUCUAGAUUGUCGAACGGCGGAGUUUAUUAUGCCGAGAGCUGCCUUCGAUGCGGAGAAGUAAAGAAAUCUAUUUCAAACCUAAAGACAGAUGUAGCGUAUUUUAUUGCUUUUAAGUUAUAUUACUAGUAAGAUAGCAAAAGACAUGAUUACUUUUUAUAUUUAUUAUUAGAUGAUAAUCACCAUAGAUUAGUUUGUCCAAACCAACACCUACAUAUGUUGUGAUAAUUAUAAUGAUAUUUGCUUUGUAAUGGUGAGACGUAGGCUAUCGCCGUAUCAUUUCAAAUAAAAUGAUUAAGUUUCUAAAUAAUAUAAUUCGGAGUAAUGUAAAAAAUAGCUGUAGAUGCAUAGAUGAAGCUCAAGUCAUUAUUAUCUUUAAAUUCUAAUACAUAAUAUUUAAAUACCAAAUGAGUUCACGCUAUUCCAGAGACGUACGAUGGAGUAUACCGAUUGUGUUGAUAUUGUACCAUGAACAUGCCUUCUACAUGUCAAAGAGUUAUUUUUGCCUGAUAUAAUAUUAGUGGUUAAUACAGAAAUUGAUGAAUAUAAUACUGGCUGUAAAUAAUAUUGAAAAUAAAUUACACCUAUCAAUACGUAAGGUAUACUAACCUAAUGAAUAUUGUAACCGAUACUCUUGUAUAAGUAUCGUGAAUAUUGUGCUGUGAGACCAUACCGUCACCCACCGUCACCCUAUUUGUUGCGUAAGUAGAUAACUUCACCACGUUAAGAUAUUUGUAAUAUUAUUAUAAUAUUGUCCUCUAUCAUCACACCCUAGUUAUACGUAGUGUCCACAAAUGCUAGAAGCCGUUAAUAUUUAGGUAAUUUAUAUUAACAAACUUUUGUCCAAACCGCAAUGCGCUUUAGUUUCCAUAUGUCUGUAGGAUGUGCGUUUGAUUGAUUCGAAUACCUACCUGUAUGUCGAUGUCGACAAAAAAAAUAUUAUGUACAUUAAUUCAAUUACUUUUUGACAUCACCGGAAAAUGUCAAUGUUAGGCAAAACACUCGCCGCCAUUUAAUGGGACAUUAAAGCAAGUGGUCGAUAGGCACACUUCUGCCUGUUCAAGUUUUACACACGGCGGCGGGACAUACGUUUCAAAAACAUAAAGUUAUUCACUGAACACCAUUGAUAUUAUGCCUUUUGCUUGUUAAGAAGUGGACCAAAGAGUCAACUGUUUUGAAAAUUAGAUUUUAUAUCUAAAUUAUUAUAAAACAAUAAAUUAUAAGAAAAAGCGUUUUGGCUGUGCUUUGAAAUCCAAUUAUAUGAAAAACGUAGGGAUGCCUGAUUGAAUUAAUUAAUUAUAAUGUUCUAAUUUAAUUCUGUUUAAAUUCAUUGUAACGGGUGGUCAAAUGCUGAGUACCUGCAGAAAUAAAAAACAACGCUUUUGGCUGUGCGUAAAAUUGCAUCGAUAAUUUUCUAUUUGAAUACGCGAGGUGUCCAUAAUUGUAUAUUAAAAAUAAAAGCUUGGAUGCCUUAUGUACCUAUAAGUACCAAAGUGUAAACUUAGACACAUAAAACCUAAUUUACGACUUAAGAAAUACAGUCAACUUCUUGCAAGCACAGUUAUCCUGCGUAUAUUCUACAAGUUUCACACUUACCUAUCUAAUGUAAAACGUUAUCACCGCUUAACACAGCAACCUAUGUUUUAAUUUUUACACAAUAUUUUGCUACUGAUCUCUUUGAGGAUAAUGCAUAAUAUAUCAAUUAUAGCUGUUUUCUUACGUUAAAAAUAGGUACAUUAAAAUUCAAUGAAUGUUUAAAUACAAUGAGACCAUUCCCUUAAUAUUUGGAUAGAUACAAAGUGAUACUAUUUUAAAUUCGCUACGUUUUUAUAGGUACUAUUUAAAAUGUAAGAUAAAAGUUACAUAUCAUUCGCUUUAUAAGAUUCAACCUUGUACCUAUAAUAUUGUGCUAUCCUGUUGAUAAAAUAUUAUAUAUUCUAUGCUGCCUUUACAUAUAUAUACAUGUAUAAGUUAUACAUUUUAUAUGGGUAGGUAUUGUUUAUUUAUAUUGUUAAGCUCAGUUCCGUUUUGAAAAUGUUCUGCCAAUCUUUAGGUAUAAAUUGCUGAUUAUUUACGGAUCUUGAACUACUUGGAACUGAACCACUUUUAUAUUUUGUAUUUAUGGUGCACUACUCGCUUCCCUCCAUUAAACUAUGCUUAUGAUCACAACCUUUGUAUUCCCUACUUUGGUGCUUGUUUGUAAAUUAAAUCUUGUUAAUUUUUAUCACUUAUUAUUUGGGCUGAGUCCAAAAUAUGAACUGUUAAUUUUAUUUAUCGAGUCUAAAUUACUCCUUAUUGUUCUACAUUUAAGCUGUUGUUCUCUAUAAAUUUUAUGUUAAGAGAGAGAUGAUUGCCAACAGGUGUAUCUAUUUGGAAAAUCUCUUGUUCUAAUGAGUUGUUAUUGUUGUCUAUGAAUAAUAUAAAAUGUUAAUAAAUUAUUUCGAUUUAUAUCUAGAUUAUGUUAAAUAAAAAUCGAGAGACAUCUGGUAUUGUUAAGUACUUUCUAAAAUAAGUUUCUACACCUCCUGUUUAAAUUAAUAAAAUAUGGUAAUAAGUAUUUAUGAACGUUUAUUUUUCUAUGAUAUAUCUUGUUCACAUUUUCUAGUCAUUUUUGUCAGUGAAAACUGGACCUCACAACUAGAAAAAUUAUAACCUACAAUGCUUCGCUGGAAAUGAGAGAUUAGGCUAAUUAAGCCGCUUAAUUAUAGAUAUUAAAUAAGCAACUUUAAUUAAUGUAUAGGGACUUGUAUGUACAAUAUAAUAUGCUGUACCAUAAAAACAAUAAGAUGAGUAGAUUCUUCAGAAAAGCUUAUAAGAAGGUUGGUUGCCCAUUUAAGAUUUAAGUGCAAAAGCUACGUAGUUACCAAACCAGGUGAAAACGUUUCUAGGGGAGGUAAAUUUUGAACCAAGCUACAUUACUACACCAGCUACUGUGUUAAGGACGAAAUACUCAAUCACAAAAAUUAAAGUUCAAGUUAUUAUCUUAAAAGUGUCUUAAACUGUCUAAGAUAAUAACUUGUUUUCGUGAUUCAAGCAACUAUGAAUUAUUAAUUCAAGUAGGUACCCAUACACGAAGGGAGAACCGAUUGUAAUGAGGGUUUUUGAAUUUUUUUCUGCCACCGGGUGGCGCCACGUAUGCGUCUGGUCCAAACAGCUGUCAAAUAGUAUGGAAUUGUAGGUGCCGAACUUAUUGUUUAUUGAAAUUCUGUUAUAUUGGAAGUGUUAUUGAUUUUAUUAUGGACUACGGUCAGAAUAAGGUUUCCGAACUAAAAAUUGAGGUAAGAGAGAGGGUGCAAAAGUCACUGGUACUAAGGAAAAGCUUGUUGAAAAAUUUGUUAACACAAUAUGAUUUAGUUUUUUUUAUUUACUCAACCUCAAUAGUAAAACAAUAAUGCAGUGCUUUAAUUAUAAAAUAAAAAAAACACUAAAAUCGUUCACUAUUCGUAGUAAAGAUAAGCACUUUGACAGUUACCUGGACCUGACGACUCGGUGCUGCCACCUCGUGGACGCCAUUUUCGAAAACCCUCAUUGGUGCGUAACACAGUGGCUGUAUCAGGCUUAAAGCAAUUUCCCAUUAUCCUGAUUUCCUCAGUAGAAUCGAUGUUCACCAUCGACAAAGUCCUUCGUUAUGUUUUAAAUAAAGUCGUUAUUUUUCUUUGUAUAAAACGGGUUAAAUAAAUAUAAAUUGAACAAUACAUUUUAAUAAUACAAUUAUAAUUAGGUAAUAACCUCCAUAUUUAAAACGUACAAAUGAUAAAAAAUUAAGAGAAUUUUGAAUCAUUAAAGUUAAGACACACUUACAUGAUUGCAAAUAAUUUAAUGACUUAGAAAGUGUUCAAAAUAAUAAUUUGCAAAUUAUAGAAGUACUAGCAAAUAUGGAAAACCCUAGCACAUUCCGUUGCUGGUUUUUGCAUCUUAAUAUAUAUAUUUGUAGAUAUAUUGUAUAGCUUAAUUUUAAUUAGUAUAGAGAUUAAGAAUUGAUUGUCAACAUUUGAUGCAUGAAAAGACACUAGUGAGAUACCUAACAAAUAACAAUGAAACUCUUCUGUAUUAAAAAAUAUUGUUAUUCAUUGUUUAUAAAUAAUAUUGUACCUAAUCGUAAUAAUUGAUUCUGUAUUAUUUCAAGCCGUGACGUAUUAAACCUACCUACAAUUAAAUUAACUUUUGAAAAAAGCAACUGGCAUUAGUUGCUUUGGAUAUAAGGAUAACCUUUUGAAGUAGAAAAAGACCAUCUAUAAAAGAAUGACAAAUAGUAUCAAUUUAAUUAGCCCAACAUCAUAUUUUUUAUAAGACAAUUUCGCAAUUGCACUAAAACGUACAAGCUUAGGUAGUGUUUAGACGCGACACUUAACGAGUGGUAGGUAGGCGAAUACCCAAAUGUUAAUAUUAUAUGAAAGUGACAUAACAUAUGUAUAAUUGCAUUGCAAAUGCCUAUAUUUGCCUAUAGGUAGGUGUUAUUUUGCAGCUUGUAUCAUACCAAUUUGAAAUUACAAUUUCCUGAAUCAUUUUGAGUUUCUGAAAGAUCCUCUUGGUUCUUAGUUUAUAUAAGUAAAUAGAACCUUCACUAGCAACCUAAAUACCAGACUUUUCCACACCUUUGAUUGAUUACGAUCCCGGGACCAAAAUAAUUUCUAAACUUCAAUCCUUUUCUGAUGAUAAUAUGUUAUCUUCGUCGGCCUUUUUUGAGAUCGCGUUGGUUUAAAUACCCGAUGUUCGAAUAUUCAAUCUAUUAGGUAAUUUUAAUUUUAAAAAAUGUAGCAGGAAAAGAACUGGUACCUGCAGAAAGAAUUGGUUUCCUCUUUCUUGGAAUAAGCACCUAAGCAGGUACCGACCAUCAAACAUAACUGUAGCGAAUUAAAGCGACUCUACAUAAUUUGGCUUUAACUUAAAAUUUGCAAUAAACACGGUUUUUAUCAAUUCAUUGUCCACGAAACCGUUUAGGCACCGUUUUAUUUCUUAGCAGAAUUCUACGUUAGUUUACUAAUCGAAUUUUAUCAAAAAUUUUGAAUAGCAAGAAAGGAUCAUUGCUGCCUGGUUACCAUUUUUGGUGGUUUUAGUGGGUUUAAUGGUCAAUAACCUUAGAAUCUGAAAUAAGAACGUUAAAUAUACUGCGUUAAUUAAAGUUUUGACACGAUACCAAACGAUAAAACAAGUAACCCAAUUUUGCUUGGAAUAGUUGGUAUUUAGUAUCAAAGCAAUCAGUUAGAGAAAUUAUAUAAAAUAGAAAUUAACUAACAUUAUAGCAUAAUAAAUUCGUUGUUUUUCUUAUUUUCAAUGCAAUGUAUCUACUUCAAUAGAUACUACUUACGUAUAAUUUUUAUUGACAAUGUUACAAAUUCACAAUAAAGUACCCAUUAUUUGUGCCUGCAAUUAGAUUGUUAAUAAGGAGCUAAAUACUAUGUUUAGGCACUUGUACCUAGAUACAUUUAGAAUAUAUUUGUACCUGCCACCUAUACCCAUGCCUCACAAUUGUUUGUAUUUAAUUAAAGCCGACCUACUACUGUUUGGGUUAUGGUAUAUAAGUCCUUAAUUAUUAGGUACAAACUGUUUUGUUACGCCACUAGAUAUUUGCUGAGUCAAUAAACACCGUUUGCUUUUGUAAAUACUAUAAUGUCAGCCCGCUGACCGCCCGUUCGUAUUGUAUUAUGGCAUUGUAAAUAAUUUUAAUGUAAAAUUUAUGAAUUACAAUUUUCAUCAAAUAAAAACACAAAUUCGA